CUGUGUUCUUAUGCAAGGGCACAUGGACCAAACAUUUCCCUCAACCUGAGUGACAUGGGUAAUAUUGUAGAGUCCUUAAUAAGACAAGAAACUAUUUCUCAUUAUAAAAUACAGUAGGUGCUCCUGGUUUUGUAUGUAACUAAAGCCUAGGGGUUAGCAUAGUCACCAUCUGAACUCUUAACUGAGGGGAUGCCUACAUCCUUUGUUUGGUUAUUUGUUUGUUUGGUUGGUUGGUUUUUCCAAGACAGGGCUUCUCUGAGUAGCCCUCACUGUCCUGAAAUUUGGUAGACCAGCUUAGCCUGAAACUCAGAGAUCUGCCUGCCUCUGCCUCCCAAGUGCUGGGAUGAAAGAUGUCUGCCACCACUGCCUGGCAGGGAGGGACUACAUUUUAAACAUCACCCAGAGCAUAUCAGAAAUAGGCAUGUUGGACAAUUUUUUUUUUAACCAUUUGAGAGUAAAAAUAAUCUUCAGCCUUCAGUGAUUCUCAACAGAGUACUGCACAAGAAGGUGAAAAGGAAUUUGUGUGUGUGUUACAUUGCUCCAUGUAAGCUGUGUGUGAAUUCAGCUUAUAUGUGUUAGGACCAGAAGACAGCUGUGGGAGUUUAUUCUCCUACCAUGGGUCCUGGGGACCCAGCUCAGGUUGUUAAGCAGAAACUUUUACCCACUGAACCAUCCUGCCAGUCCUAGUUUGUCUAUUUGUUUAAAUAGCGUCUACUGCUCUUUGGCAAUUUAAUACUUCCCUAUAUAAAAUAAAUUCUAGAACAUUAGAGUAAGGUGCUGUUUACAGAAUAAGGAUUUUGAGUAAGAUGCUUGAAGGUCUUAAGCUGGUUCUUAAGUAGAAGGGUAGUCUAUAAUGUUUAGGUAUUCAAUAUAUAUGUUUUAUCUGCACCACUGUCAAACCCAUUCUGAGCAUGACCUUUGUCUUACAUCCGAAGCUCUGCUGACUAGGGGCCAAGUAUUCAAGCUUCUGAGCCUGUCAGGACAUUCUCUGUCAAACCCCCACACUGGAGACAGAUCAUUUUCUUUUUUUUUUUUUUUUUUUUUUUUUUUUUGGUUCUUUUUUUUUCGGAGCUGGGGACCGAACCCAGGGCCCUGCGCUUCCUAGGCAAGCGCUCUACCACUGAGCUAAAUCCCCAACCCCAACAGAUCAUUUUCUAGUCUGUACAGAACUAAGGCUGAAGUGUGGUUGCACAGGGUUUUCCCCUGAUUUGAUGUAUUAAUUUGAUUAGACUAUGAGAGGCCAAGAUACUUGAGUUAAGCCAUUUCUGAAUGUUUCUGGCAAAGGCCACUUGAAUCAAUAUGUUUGUGAGCUUCCUGUAACCCACUGAGUCCCUGAGUAAGCUAAAGACCUGUUCUUUCUCCCUAUUGUUUGAUUCUUUGACCUAGGGUACUGUUCCUCCAUUCCUAGACUGACUGAAACUUACACCUCAGUUUUGGUGGCCUCAUUUGGAAUAGAACCUGACCAUUGACUCCCAGGACUGCAGUUUGCUCAUUGCAGAUGUUGGUCUUCUUAGUGUCUAUAAUUAUACAAACCAGUUACUUAGAGUAAAAUUUACUGUCGCCACUUCUUCUGCCAACUGUUUCUGGCUCUGAAGAACAUUAUUUCUUGGGGAAAGCCAGGCAAAUUCCUCAGUAUACUGGAUGUUUUAUGUCAACUUGACACAAGUUGAGGUCAUGAGAGGAGGGAACCUCAAUUAAGAAAAUGCUUCCACCUGGGGAGACUGCCUCUUGUGGCCAGGCAAGAACGCCAGGGGAUCAAGAGGGACACCAGUCCACCUACAAAUCUUUCUACUCAAAACCUAUCCUGUGUAUAAGAAAUGCAGGGAUUGGGGUUGGAGCAGAGACUGAGAGACAGCCGGCCAAUAACCAGCCCAACUUGAGACCCAUCUCAUGGACAAGCACUUGACACUAUUAAUGAUACUCUGUAUGCUUGCAGACAGGAGUCUAGCAUGGCUGUCUUCUGAGAGGCUCCACCCACCAGCUGACUCAAACAGAAGCAAACACCCACAGCCAAACAGUGAAUGGAGUUUGGGGACUCUUAUGGAAGAAUAGGAAGGAUCACAGCCCCUAAGGGGAUAGGAACUCCAUAGGAAGAUCAACAGAGUCAACUAACCUGGACCCUUGGGGCUCUCAGAGUCUGAACCAUCAACCAGAGAAUACCCGUGGGCUGGACCCAGGCCUCCCCACACACACGUAGCAGAUGUGCAGCUUGUUCUUCACAGUGUUAGCUCCCUAAGGACUGGAGCACGGGCUAUCCCAAAAGCUGUUGCCAAUAUGUGAGCUAUGUUCUUCCUGCUGGGCUGCCUUGUCUUCCUCAGGAGAGGAAGCUCCUAGCCUCACAGAGAAUUGAAGUGCCAUGGUGGAAAGAAAGGAAGGUAGGCAGGAGGACCACCCAAUCAGAGGAGAGGGGAUGGAGUUAGGAUUGUGUGUGUGAGAGGGGGAUGUAAAGUGAAUAAGUUAAAAAGAGAGAGAAGAGAAAAGGAAGGAAGGAAAAGAAAAUGCUUUCAUAAGAUAUGGCUGUAGGCAGGCCUUUAAGGGCAUUUUCUUGCUUAGUGAUUGACAGGGGAGGGUCUAGUUCAUUGUGGGUGGUGUCACCCCUGAGGUGGUACUGGGUUCUAUAAGAAAGCAGGCUGAGGGUUGGGGAUUUAGCUCAGUGGUAGAGCGCUUGCCUAGGAAGCACAAGGCACUGGGUUCGGUCCCCAGCUCCGAAAAAAAGAACCAAAAAAAAAAAAAGAAAGCAAACUGAGCAAGCCAGUAAGCAGCACCCUCCAUGGUUUCUGCAUCAGCUCCUGCCUCCAAGUUCCUGUCCUGUUUGAGUUCCUGUUCUGACUUCCUUCAAAGAUGAAUAGAUAUGGAAGUGUAAGUCAAAUAAACCCUUUCCUCCCCAGCUUGCUUUUUUGUCAUAGUGUUUCCCUAACUAAGAUACUUAGGUCUGAUGAUCCACUAGGACUCAAAAGAUUCAGCAUUUCCCUGUAAUCAUGUUUAUUAUAGUAAAAGGAGGAUUGACAAAGAGAAAUGGUGUUUCAGACAAACGAAAAAAGAAACAGGGCACGAAGUUCCAAGAACUCUCCUUUAGUCAAGUCACAUAGAAUGCACUUAAUUUUUCCAGCACUGAGUUGUAACAUUUAUGAAAUAUCUUCAUCUGGAAAAGUCAUUAUACACUCAGUGCCCAGAGGAGGCUGAUCACAUGAGCAUUUUCUACUAGCAAGUGUCAAACUUGCAGGUUCCCAGAAGGGAGUGUUUAGCAUAAGUCAGAUUGUUUGCUCCCUAUAGGAACAGUGAUGGCAGAGAUUCCCCCGAAGGCUAAGUUCACAAAUGCCAGCUCAGGCCAAUUCUGUAACCUGACUUUUGUUAUGGUAUGUUAUGUUUUAUUUAUUUAUUGGAGGGGGGUUUAGGGGUUGGAACAGGGUUUCUCUGCAUAUACUUAACUGUCCUGGAGCUCCCUUUGUAGACCAGGCUGGCCUUGAAUGCAGAGAUCUGCCUGUCUUUGCCUCCUGAGUGCUGGAUCAAUGGCCUGUGCCCCUGUGCCCCUGUGCCCCUGUGCCCCUGUGCCCCUGUGCCCCUGUGCCCCUGUGCCCAGCUUUGUGAGUCAACCUUUUGUUUGUUUUUUGAGACAGGCUUUUUCUGUGUAUCCCUGGCUGUUCUGGAACUCACUCUGUAGGCCAGGGUGGCCUCGAACUCAAAAGUCCACCUCCCUAUCUCUGCUUCCUGUGUGCUGCCUGGCUCUGAAUCAAGUUUUUAUACCUAAGGACUGAACAGGACAAGGAAAGCUGGGUGACUUUCUUAACCCAGUAGAGUUGUGCUAAACUCUGAGUCCCAGGGCUGAAAAGUAUUCAUACGUUAUCAGAUAGCGGAACAAUGGUAGUAAGAAAUUAUGGUAAAUUCUUACCAAAUAGCUUUAGGGCCAAGAGUUAAGAGGUUAUUGGCUGAGAUAUUCAUAUGUUUAAAGACUCUGUAAACACGACAUUGAGUCAGUGGGUAUGAGUGCUGAUAUAUUAACUAAUAUCCCAGAUAGCUUAAUAAUUCUUUCCUCUAGUUAACAAGAGUGAUUCGCAAUUUUUUCCUUUUUGGAGGGAGAGGGUGGGAGUGAGGGCAGGGUCUGACUUUAACCCUGAUUUGCUCAAACUCAAAGCACUCUUCCUUACUUCAGCAAUUGGUGUGCUGAGAUUAUAAGUGUGAGCUACCAUAAACAGCAGUAAGAAGUAUUAUUAAUCUUAAACAAUUUUGCAAAAAUAGUAUUAGCAACAUUUUAUAGCGUUGGAAACAAAUCGGAAGAGGUUAACUUACUCAGAAUUUUCAGACUUAAAAUGCAAAGCUGAGAUUCUAUCCAAACCAGCAUUACUCACUAGCCCUUGACAGUUUCUAUAUAAAAGGUUUGAUGAAAGGGCUCAUCUCUGAGGACUCCAACAUCCUCUUAGCCUGCCUACACAUUCCUCUCCAUCUCAAACCCUGCCUCAGGGCUCCGGGAGGAGCUAUCAUAUCAAGCUCAAUUCAUCUCUUCUAACUAAAUCAUAGGUUUGCUUUAAAAGAGUAGCAAUCCUGCCACCAAAGACCUUGAAAACAGUUCCAUGGAUGGUCACUAAAAACAUUUUCUGGUGUGUAUAAUUAUCACAAAGCUCUCUGAAAAGCAUGCCUCUUCCUCUGGGUUUUGCCUUCUGCUGAACGUUUAUUUGGUCUUUCCCACCAACACUACAUAUCUGCACCAUCCAUCCAUGAUUGUAUUCACUAAGCAGUCUCCCUAACUAAGCCAUCCUUCUUUAAGAAUUUUAAUAAAGGUUGGGGAUUUAGCUCAGUGGUAGAGCGCUUGCCUAGCUAGCGCAAGGCCCUGGGUUCGGUCCCCAGCUCCGAAAAAGAAAAAAGAAAAAAAAAUGUUAAAGAUUUUAAUUAAAAAAAAAUUAGAGAUGGGCUUUAAGAGGAUGAAAAGUCCUGUGUUUAAAAAACAGAACAAGAGGGCAGAUUUCCAGAUCAAACAAAGAAAUCAUACUUUGGUUUAAAAUACACUCUGGUUUAAAAUCUGGAAUGUUGGUAUUGGGAGAUCAAAGGCACUUUUUUGUUGACUUUUUUUUAAUGUGGAAGGUGGAGCAAAGAAAGGAAAUUGGAUUGGAAUGUUGAAUUAUUCAGGUAAUUUUCUAGGACUCAGCCUUAAUCAUUUCCAAAAUUCAGUAAAAAAAGAAUCAUUAAAAUUACUCUAAGUAUAUAUCUUCAAGGGAAGUUAAAGUAAUUGGGUUCAAAAAAGUAAUUAAAAUGGGGCCUGAAACCCCAAAUUAGUAACCAUACUAUUUAGUCAGUGAGCACAAAAGAGCACAGAACAAGCUGUGGGUUUGCGACUGUGGACUAAACCCAAGUACACAGGUUAAGCAUCACGGAGCAGUAUCUCCAGCCCCAGUGGUGGUUGAAUAAAAAGCUCCCCCACCUCUGGAACAGUUUUGUUUCUCUUACAAAGCAGUCUUGAGACUCCCUGAGGAACUUUGGACAAGUGUUUCAAAAAUCUGGAGUCCAAUACGCCCCCCUCCCCACCCCCACCCCAGACAUGAGAUGUCACCGGGAGGAUUUUCUCAGUUUACUCCAGUGGCUUUUGGCCUGAGGUUUAAAAGAAAAAAUCUACCUUGUGGGCUGGCUGGAAGGCUGGCCUGAGCUGCUCUCAAGUUACAGCCUUUCCUCCUCCCUCAGGAAGUAAAGUCCACUGGCAGGAGCGCCUAAACCUCCGUGCUGCCCUGCUUGACUGCAAUGCCUGGUUGUUUUCACCAAGUAGCGGAAUGAAAAAGAGUAGAAAAAGAGUAACGCUUUAGGAAAAAUAACUUAAUUUUUCCUCCAACAUUUUCUUGUCUUCAGAGGACUCAUUUGCUUAAAGCAGUCUCUGUUCGUGACAUAAAGGAAGUCUCAUGAAGAAGAGGGAAGAAAAGCCCUCCCCUUACACCAAACCCCUGGAUGGAGGAUGGGGAUGGAUGGUUGUGCUUCAUUUUUUCCUGGUGAAUGUGUUUGUGAUGGGAAUGACCAAGACAUUUGCAAUUUUCUUUGUGGUUUUUCAAGAAGAGUUUGAAGGCACUUCAGAGCAAAUUGGUUGGAUUGGAUCUAUUAUGUCAUCACUCCGUUUUUCUGCAGGUCCCCUGGCUGCUAUUAUUUGUGACAUAUUUGGAGAAAAAACUACCUCCAUUCUUGGGACUUUCCUUGUUUCUGGUGGCUAUCUCAUCAGCAGCUGGGCCACAGGCAUUCCCUUUCUUUGUGUGACCAUGGGACUGCUACCUGGUUUGGGGUCUGCUUUCUUGUACCAAGUAGCUGCUGUGGUAAUUACCAAAUAUUUCAAAAAACGAUUGGGUCUUUCUACAGCAAUUGCCCGUUCAGGGAUGGGACUGACAUUUUUGUUGGCACCCUUUACAAAACUCCUGAUAGAUCUUUAUGACUGGACAGGUGCUCUUAUAUUAUUUGGAGCUAUUGCAUUGAAUCUGGUGCCUUCCAGCAUGCUCCUAAGACCUGUCCACAUCCAAUCAGACAGCAAUUCUGAUAUUAAAAACAAAGGUAGCAUUUUGUCUGCAACUGGACCAGAGUUAUCACACAAGACAGAAACACCAAACCGCAAUAAGGCACAAGAGUCUCUCAUCAAAGACAGUGCUGUGAAGAAAUCUGGACAACCUACUACAACUUUAACUGUCUUAGAAAAUCAAAUUGAAGAGAUUAGCACUAGGCCUCAUAGGAACAGGCCGUUACUUAUGAGCAAUGACAAAACUUACAAGAAAAAGUUUGUUUCAUGGAACUGCAAAGAAAAACUUCUAGAUAUUUCUCUCUUUAGAAAUCCUUUCUUCUACAUAUUUACCUGGUCUUUUCUCCUGAGUCAACUAGCAUAUUUCAUUCCUACCUUUCAUCUGGUAGCCAGAGCAAAAACACUUGGAAUCGACAUAAUGGAUGCCUCCUACCUUGUGUCUGUAGCUGGUAUCACUGAGACAGUCAGUCAGCUCAUUUCUGGAUGGAUUGCAGAUCAGAAUUGGAUCAAGAAGUAUCAAUACCACAAGGCUUACCUCAUCCUGUGUGGUGUUACUAACCUGCUUGCUCCUUUAGCCACCACAUUCCCACUCCUUAUGGCCUAUACCAUCUUUUUUGCCAUUUUUGCUGGUGGCUACCUGGCACUAAUACUGCCAGUAUUGGUUGACCUAUCUAAGAAUUCUAGAGUACACAGGUUUUUGGGAUAUGCCAGUUUCUUUGCUGGGAUGGCUGUUCUUUCUGGACCACCAAUAGCAGGCUGGAUAUACGAUUAUACACAGACAUACGUGGGCUCUUUCUAUUUCUCUGGCACCUGCUAUAUCCUCUCUUCAGUUUCCCUUUUUUUUGUACCACUGGCUGAAAGAUGGAAACUCAAGCAGUCUGACCUUCUAAGGACUACAAUCAAGUAAGAGCCUAACAAAAAAAAUCUAAAUAAGCUACUGUAAGUAAAAGCUUAGAAGAAAAAAAACUUUGUUAAGAAAGUAAACCAUAUAAUUUUUAAGAUUCCUUCCUACUUUAUUAGCACUGCCAGGAAUGUCCAAUUGGUGGAAGGAGUAAUAAAUGAGUAACAACUUAAACUGUUAGUAUUUAAUCAAAUAAGCUAAAAAUUGAAUCCAUUGAAGCAGCUACUUUACUAUUAAAUGACCAAAGGAAUAUUCUACAAUAAAUCAAUCCAAUUUUUCAUUUGUGCUAUGGUAAUUCUGUCAUUAAAAUAUGCAACAAUUGUAGACUACUUUUCUUUUAUUUAAAUAUAGUAAUUGGUUAACCAGAACUCUGGAAUCUGAAUAAAGCCUUACUUAGUGACAAGAAGGAUAAUACCCUCUCCAAAACAUUUAUUGUUGUUUAUUUAUUAUAAGUACUUUAUUUUAUUACUUUGUCUCUUAAAUUUCUAUAAUGUACUACUAUCUAAUAAAAAUAAAAUUGCUAAAAUAA